AUGUCAUUAAUUAUAGAAAAUUCCCCAUUUCCGAAAACAUUAGAUAAUAAUACAACUUUUUCAUCUAAGAAGUCUAAGCAAUAUUAUGCAAUGAUACGAGUUGUCCCUGAUCCUGAUAUUUACGUAAGGGAAGAAAAAGAACAAAGGAGCAAAUCUAUUUUAAGUUUAUUAGGUAUUAUUGGCGGUAUUUGGAGUUUCAUAUCAGCUUUUUAUGAAUAUUUAUUUGGUCUUGGUUUAAUUUCUCCAUGGGGUAUAGUACAAAAAUCGAGACUAUUCAAGAAAAAACUCUUACCAGUUGCGGCAGAUUUACAAUCUGAUGAACCUGAUAUUGAAGAUAAAUCUAUCACCAAAGAAUAUGAGAUUUCCUCAAUAAAAAAACGACUUGAUAAUUUAGAAAAUGUUAUCGAUAUCUCAUUAUUAAGUUGA